AUGGGCUACACAGAGGUUGACCAGAAGGCCAUCAACACCAUCCGCCUGCUCGCGGUUGAUGCGACCUUCAAGAGCAACUCGGGACAUCCCGGUGCCCCCAUGGGCAUGGCUCCCAUUGCACACGUUCUCUGGGACAAGUUCCUGAGGUUCAACCCCAAGAACCCCGAUUGGCUGAACCGUGACCGAUUUGUUCUCUCCAACGGCCACGGCUGCAUGCUCCAGUAUGCUCUGCUUCACCUGUUCGGCUACGCCCUGACCAUCGAUGACCUGAAGGCCUUCCGAACUGUUGACAGCAUCACCCCUGGCCAUCCCGAGGCUCACGAUACUCCCGGUAUCGAGGUUACCACCGGCCCUCUGGGUCAGGGUAUCUGCAAUGCUGUUGGUCUGGCCAUGGCCCAGGCUCACACUGCCGCUACCUUCAACAAGCCCGGCUUCAACCUGGUUGACAACUACACCUACUGCUUCCUCGGUGAUGGCUGCUUGAUGGAGGGUGUCUCUGGCGAGGCCUCUUCCCUGGCUGGCCACCUCCAGCUCGGCAACCUCAUCUGCAUCUACGAUGACAACCACAUCUCCAUUGACGGUGACACCAACGUUGCCUUCACCGAGGAUGUUGCCAAGCGCUACGAGGCCUACGGCUGGCACGUCGAGGUCGUCGAUAACGGCGACCACGACCUCGAGGCCAUGGAGGCCGCCAUCAAGAAGUGCCAGGCCGUCAAGGACAAGCCUUCAAUCAUCAAGCUGCGAACCACCAUCGGUUUCGGCUCCCUCCAGGAGGGCACCCACGGUGUCCACGGCUCCCCCCUCAAGACCGACGACAUCAAGCAGCUCAAGACCAAGUUCGGCUUCAACCCCGAGGAGAGCUUCGUCGUCCCCAAGGAGGUCGCCGAGCUCUACGGCAGACACUCCUCUGAGGGUGCCGCCAAGGAGGAGGAGUGGAACAAACUGUUCGCUCAGUACGCUGAGAAGUACCCCGCCGAGCACGCUGACCUCACUCGCCGCCUGAAGGGCGAGCUGCCCGAGGGCUGGGAGAAGAGCCUGCCCGUCUACAGCACCAGCGACGCUGCCAUUGCCAGCCGAAAGCUGUCCGAGACCGUCCUCAGCAAGGUCCAGACCAUCCUCCCCGAGCUUCAGGGUGGCUCUGCCGAUCUGACUGGCUCCAAUCUGACCCGCUGGAAGGAGGCCGUCGACUUCCAGCCCCCUGCCACCGGCCUCGGCGACUACUCCGGACGAUACAUCCGAUACGGUGUCCGCGAGCACGGUAUGGGCGCCAUCAUGAACGGUCUGGCCGCCUACGGAACCAUCAUCCCCUAUGGUGGUACUUUCCUCAACUUCGUCUCCUACGCUGCCGGUGCCGUCCGUCUGUCCGCCCUGUCCCGCGUCCGAGUCAUCUGGGUCGCCACCCACGACUCCAUCGGUCUGGGCGAGGACGGUCCUACUCACCAGCCUAUCGAGACUCUGGCUCACUUCCGUGCCCUCCCCAACUGCAUGGUGUGGCGCCCCGCUGACGGCAACGAGACCAGCGCUGCCUACUACAUUGCCCUGACCUCCAAGCACACCCCCAGCAUCAUUGCCCUGUCUCGUCAGAACCUGCCCCAGCUCGAGGGCUCCAUCAUCGAGAAGGCCAUCAAGGGUGGAUACGUCCUGCAGGAGGUCGAGGGUGCCCAGAUCACCCUGGUCUCUACCGGUUCCGAGGUUUCCAUUGUCGUGGAUGCCGCCAAGGUUCUCUUGGAGAAGCACAACGUCAAGGCUCGCAUCGUCUCUAUCCCUUGCUUCGAGGUGUUCGAUGCCCAGUCCAAGGAGUACAGACUCUCCGUCCUGCCCGACGGCGUCCCCUCUCUGUCCAUUGAGGUGAUGAGCACCAUGGGCUGGGAGCGCUACACUCACGAGCAGUUUGGCCUCAACCGAUUCGGUGCCUCUGGUGCCUACAAGGAUGUCUACAAGAAGUUCGAGUUCACCCCCGAGGGUAUCACCAAGCGUGCUCUCCUGACCAUCGACUUCUGGAAGGACGUCCCCAACGUUCGCUCUCCCAUCAACCGUGCUUUCCAGCAGCUCAUUUAA